AUGAAAAGUUAAGGGAUCACUGAAUUGAUUGCAAUUCAUCCAAUAGUUCAAAUAGUUGUUGAGACAUUUCACUCGAAACAACAAAUCCGAACCUUAUGGCGCUAAGGAAAAAGUCAUUAGGAUUCAUCUUCUGGGAACAAUGAAUGUGUGUGCAACAAUUUGUGCCAAUCAGUCUUGUAGAGUUAGAGAUAAUUCACUGGUUAAGUGACAACUUUGGCCUUUUGGUGGUGGUAGAUGAAAAGUCAGAGGAUCGCCAGUCAUUAGGAUUUAUACUCUGGGCACCACUGAUACCUAGAUUUCAUGGUAAUUCAUCCAGUAGUUGUUGUGAUGGACCAACUGACUGACAGAAAUUGCCAUCCCUAGAGCCUCACUGCUAGCAUGGUUUAAAAUAGUAUGAAUGGGAGUUGACAGCAGUGGAUUGAGUGAGAGUUUGAGAAAGAAAUAAAGAAUAAAUAAACACUAGUUAUGAAUGCACAGUAAAAUGUGCCAAAAGCUGGAAUAAUAUUCAUGUAUUUGCAGUAACAUCACAUCAAAGAACUCUAUUCUAGUAGAUCCACAGUAGUAACUACAAUAACAGCAGUAGCAGUAGUAUUGAUUUAUAUCAUGAAAGCUUCUCUGAAUGUGAACUACCAUACUUAAAACAUAUAACCAAGUGAGGCCACCAGCAACAGAGAGGCAGGCACUAGGACCUCCAGCACUCCACAGUCAGACAGAGCCUGCAGCCUCUGGGACACUUCUCACUUACUUUCAGAACAGUUUUCAAACAAGUGCAAGAUUCAGAAAGGACUGUUUGGGAUAAUUGACAAAGAAUUUGUUCUUCCCAUCCCUGGCAUCUUGUGGAAUUGGACACAAUCUGGAAUAUAUUUCAGUGAUCCUCGGGAGUCUUACGUCAGUGGAGAGAAGAGAGAGCUUUUGCAGAGGUCCACUUACAUGCUUUAUCCAGCUUUCAGCCACAUCACCGGGCGCAUGGCGUUUGUUCAGUUGUCGUGUAGAUGGAUGUGUUGACACGCAAGCUCAGUAGCUGUUGUGAUUCCAUCUAUUGCACUUUUAGGACUUCUCUUCCAGAAGAGAUGACCUAAAGGUACUUUUAGAUCUCACACAUCAACAAAUCUAUCUCCAUGACUGCUAAGAAAACUCCAUCCACUGAUGAAGACUGUGAGAUAUAGUUGAAAGCUCCAGAAAAAGCCAGGAUACAGAGUGGAAGCAGAGGAGGACAGAGGUGUGCUGGAUGGGGGCCGUAGCCGGGCCUGAUGGCAGGAGCCCAGAACACAGUGAGCUCUAAUCCCUUCCUCUAGAACCCACCGAGGGGCUACAGUUCACGUGGAGACACUGAAAAGGUUGUGUGCCCAUGAGGUCGUCCAUGCUGGUCCUGUUCCUCCUCUUCAGUGCCCGGGCUGUGGCCACCAUCGGAGGAGACACGUGCGCCGCCACGACAGCACAGAAGCAGGAUCCAGGCUACAACCCAAACUCCAUGCCCACAGUGGACCCUAAACUCUUCACCAAGCGCCGCUACCUCUCACCCAGGGUGCUCUUCAGCGCUCAGCCCCCUGAUGCAGAGCCGGCGGGGUCGCAGGGUGCCGGCAGAAGGACCCGUAGGCGAGCAGAGCAGCCUCAGCACCGUGGAGUUUACUCAGUGUGUGAGAGCAUCAGCGUCUGGGUGGGCAACAAGACCAAAGCUACGGACAUCUCAGGCAACGAGGUGACAGUGCUACCGGACGUGAAUAUCAACAACAUCAACAAGAAGCAGUACUUCUUUGAGACGACGUGUCACAGCGCCCGCUCAGGCAGCUCUGGCUGUUUGGGAAUCGAUGCGAGACACUGGAACUCCUACUGCACCAACUCACACACUUUUGUACGAGCACUGACUUCGUUUAAGAACCUGGUGGCGUGGAGGCUCAUACGCAUCAACGUGGCCUGUGUGUGUGUGCUGAGCCGCAAGUCAUGGCGGCAGUGAAGACUUUACAUGCACAUCUCACACACAGGAUCACAAACUCUGAAAUACAGUACAAACACAGACAUGCCACACAGA